CGCAUUGUAAGCCAACCAGAAAAUACACAAGAUAAUCCACCACGAAUCAAAAAAUGGAAAGGUCGACGGAGGUAUUGCCGUAUUAGAAAAAGGAAUUAGAUUCGAGGUUAAAGUAUAUAUAUAUAUAUAUAUAAUAAGAAGGAAGGAGUGAUGAGGAGAACGCAUCUGUGGCGUAGUGGAGUGCAGAGCCUGUUUGUGAAGUUCCCACUCUCAGUACUGCUUGUGUCGUCGGCAAUUGUCCCCGUCCGGCCUUUGACGUCGUCAUCAGUCAGGAUGAGCCACCAGACUCCUCCUCCGGUGGCGAAGAAGGUGGAGCAUAAGAUGGAGUUGUUCAGCGACGUGAGAGUAGACAACUACUAUUGGCUUCGCGACGAUUCUCGCUCCGACCCUGACGUCCUCUCUUAUCUUCAACAGGAGAACGAUUACACUAAUUUCCUCAUGUCCGGAACUAAGAAAUUUGAACAAGAGCUUUUUGCUGAGAUCCGAGGGCGGAUCAAAGAGGAUGAUAUAUCCGCACCUGAGCGAAAAGGUCACUACUAUUACUAUACAAGGACCUUGCUAGGUAAGGAGUAUUGUCAGCAUUGUCGACGCCUAGUACCAAACAAUGAGGCUCCUCAUCAUUCUGUACAUGAUACCAUGCCCAUCGGACCUGAUGCUCCUCCCGAGCAUGUAAUCUUGGAUGAGAAUAUCAAGGCUCAAACUCAUGCCUAUUAUAGCAUUGGUGCAUUUAAGGUUAGUCCAAAUAACAAAUUGGUGGCAUAUGCAGAAGAUACCAAAGGAAAUGAAAUUUAUACAGUUUAUGUCAUUUACGCUGACACUGGAGCUCCUGUGGGUCAACCUCUAGUCAAUGUAACAUCCUAUCUAGAAUGGGCUGGCGAUGAUGCUUUGGCUUAUAUCACAAUGGAUGCCACUCUCCGGCCUCACAAGGCAUGGUUACAUAAGUUGGGAACAGAACAGUCAAGUGACUCCUGCCUCUAUCAUGAAAAGGACGAUAUGUUUUCUCUUGACCUUCAAGCUUCCGAGAGCAAAAAGUUCUUGUUUGUUGCAUCCGAAAGUAAAACUACAAGAUUCAACUUUUACCUUGAUGCUUUGAGGCCUGAAGGUGGGCUUGUGGUUCUGACUCCUCGUCAAGAUGGCAUUGAUACAUCUGUUAGCCAUCGAGGAAAUCAUUUUUUUAUAAAGAGGAGAAGUGAUCAGUUUUUCAAUUCUGAAGUUGUUGCCUGUUCAGUGGAAAAUACAUCUGAAACUACAGUUCUUCUUCCCCACAGGGAGAGUGUUAAAAUUCAGGAUCUAUGUCUUUUUAGUGAUCACCUUGUUGUAUAUGAGCGUGAAGACGGCCUACCAAAAGUCACUAUCUAUCACCUGCCGGAUGUUGGACAACCACUUAAAAGACUUCAGGGUGGUCAAGCUGUUAAUUUUUCGGAUCCCACAUACUCUGUAGAUCCAUCAGAAUCAGAAUAUAGUUCCAGCAUUUUACGAUAUUCUUAUAGCUCAAUGAAAACACCUCCCUCUGUAUAUGAUUAUGAUAUGAAGACUGGCAUUUCUGUUUUGAAGAAGAUUGAAACUGUUUUGGGAGGUUUUGAAGAAUCAAAGUAUGUUACUGAAAGGAAAUGGGCUAGUGCUCCAGAUGGUACUCAGAUUCCAAUAUCAAUUGUUUACAGGAAGGACAUUAUAAAGCUUGAUGGAUCUGAUCCAUUGCUACUCUAUGGCUAUGGUUCUUACGAGAUCUGCAUAGAUGCCAGUUUUAAAGCUUCAAGGAUGUCUUUGUUGGAUCGGGGUUUUAUUUAUGCUAUAGCUCAUAUUCGUGGUGGUGGUGAAAUGGGUAGGAAAUGGUAUGAGAAUGGGAAGUUACUGAAGAAGAAAAAUACUUUUACAGAUUUUAUUGCCUGUGCUGAAUAUUUGAUCGAAAAGAAAUAUUGUUCGAAAGCAAAAUUAAGUAUAGAUGGAAGGAGUGCUGGUGGAUUGCUCAUUGGUGCUGUUCUUAAUAUGAGACCUGAUUUGUUCAAAGCUGCUGUUGCUGGAGUGCCUUUUGUUGAUGUUUUGACUACAAUGCUUGACCCAACAAUCCCUCUCACAACUUCAGAAUGGGAGGAAUGGGGUGAUCCGCGUAGAGAAGAAUUCUACUAUUACAUGAAGUCAUAUUCUCCUGUUGAUAAUGUUAAGGCUCAAAAUUAUCCAAACAUUCUUGUUACUGCUGGUCUAAAUGAUCCUCGUGUUAUGUACUCGGAACCUGCUAAAUUUGUGGCAAAAUUAAGAGAUAUGAAGACUGAUAAGAACAUCCUUUUGUUUAAAUGUGAACUGGGUGCUGGGCAUUUUUCAAAGUCAGGGAGAUUUGAGAAGCUUCAAGAAGAUGCCUUCAUUUAUUCCUUCAUUAUGAAGGCUCUAGAUUUGAUUCCUGACCUAGGGUCUGCAAAGAAAUAAUUCUUACAAAUUAUGUAACAUUCUCAGCAAUACGUUUUUGUUGGCAAUUACUUUGUAGUUCUGUUGAAUGUAACAUUAUUGUGUUUGAAAGUUUGAAUUGGCAUUUAUCUUGUUGGCGACA